CUGCUUCCGCACGUGCCUCCUUCCUUGAGCCCAACGAGCUUGUUGGGUGCUGUUCCAGUGGCUAUUUACACGCCCCGCGCUGGAGGAAGGCGGUGCCUCCACUUUCCUUCCCCUCUUUUGGAACUGAUGUGCUUUAGAAAGAUGAGGGCGGGGCGGGAAAGGGGAAUCUAAGCUUCGCUUGUCCACUGGGAGAAAUCCACCACUUCAUUUGGAAGGCCGUGAGGAGAAUCGCACCCGGUGGAGAAUCUGCUAGGCUCUCUCUUGACUUGAUUGAGUGCGUCUCUCUCUCUCCUUUUCGCGAAGGGCCCCUCCCGCCCUUUCUGAAGAGGCGCUUCCACCCAGCGCCCACAUAGCAAUCCCUAAACAGGCUGCGAGAUAUAAAAGGCCCGACGGGAUCUGCCGAGGGGAGCGACGCGUCUUCUGAAGGCGGCGGGCCGAAGCCUAAGCUGGAGAGAAUCAUGCUCAGGACGGCGCUUGGGAACUCCCGCUCCCUCGCUCUCCGCAGCUACACGGAUGGACUGAGCCUACCCUAGCCCGAGGAAGCAUGGCGAGGGUCCCCGGCCGCCGAUCCUGGGCUCCGGUAGCCUUGCUGGCCCUGUUCACAGAGCUGGCGUCGAGCCACCCACAAUGCCUGGACUUCAAACCGCCUUUCAAGCCUCCUCGCCCGCUCACUUUCUGCGUGCAAUAUUCAAACUUUGGCUGCUGCGAUGCUGGGCGUGAUGCUGUCCUGUUGGAACGUUACUAUCGCAUCAGCGAGCAUUUUGACCAGGCCACCUACACCGCUUGCGCCAGCCACCUGCAGAACCUCCUGUGCCAGGAGUGUUCUCCAUAUGCUGCUCAUUUGUAUGAUGCUGAAGACCCUUCUACUCCAGAGAGAACUGUUCCUGGACUUUGCCAAGAUUACUGCAUACAAGUGUGGCAAGACUGUAGGUCAAUGUUCCAUUACAUCACUCCUGAUAAAGAGUUACUGGCCCUGGAAAAUAACAGGGUUAAGUUUUGUCGUUAUUUGUCCUUAGACGACACAGACUACUGUUUUCCUCACCUCUUAACUAAUCAGCAUCUUAAUCAAAACCUUGGAUUAGUGACUGCUGAUUCAGAAGGGUGUCUGCAGUUAUGCUUAGUUGAAAUUGCUAAUGGGCUUAGGAAUCCGGUUGCUAUGGUACAUGCAAACGAUGGAACUCACAGAUUCUUCAUUGCAGAACAAAUUGGUUUAGUCUGGACCUACCUUCCUGAUCUCUCACGGCUUGAAAAACCAUUUUUGAACAUCAGCGAAGCUGUACUUACCUCACCUUGGGAAGGGGACGAGAGAGGAUUCCUGGGUAUUGUCUUCCAUCCUAAAUUCAAAUUUAAUGGUAAGGUAUAUGUCUACUAUUCAGUUGAAGUUCAAUAUGAAGAGAGAAUCCGAAUCAGUGAGUUCAGAAUUUCUCCUGGUGACAUGAAUUCAGUGGAUCAUGGUUCUGAAAGGAUAAUUCUGGAGAUAGAAGAGCCAGCUUCCAAUCACAAUGGAGGAGAAGUAUUGUUUGGAGAUGAUAGUUAUCUUUAUAUCUUCACAGGAGAUGGAGGAAUGGCUGGUGAUCCUUUUGGGAAAUAUGGAAACGCUCAAAACAAGUCAACACUGCUAGGCAAAGUACUCAGAAUCAGCGUGGAAAACAAUGAUAUUGGGCCUCUUUAUCAAAUCCCUCCUGACAAUCCUUUCAUCAAUGAAUCAAAAGCCCGACCUGAAGUCUAUGCUUAUGGGGCACGGAAUAUGUGGCGUUGUUCUUUUGAUAGGGGUGAUCCCACUACAAAGGAAGGGAAAGGGAGGCUUUUCUGUGGUGAUGUAGGACAGAAUAAAUUUGAAGAAAUUGACAUUGUGGAGAAAGGGAGAAAUUAUGGCUGGAGAGCAAGAGAAGGAUUCAGCUGUUAUGACAAAAAACUUUGCACCAAUUCCUCUUUAGAUGAUGUCCUUCCAAUAUAUGCUUAUCCCCACAAAAUGGGGAAAUCAGUUACAGGAGGUUAUGUCUAUCGAGGUUGUGAGUCUCCAAACUUGAAUGGGCUCUACAUAUUUGGAGAUUUUAUGAGUGGACGUCUCAUGUCCUUGAAAGAGAAUCACAAAAGUGGGGAAUGGCAGUACAAUGAAAUAUGCAUGGGAACAGGCCAAACAUGUAUGUUUCCUGGACUUAUCAAUAACUAUUAUCAAUACAUCAUCUCUUUUGCUGAAGAUGAGGCAGGGGAACUUUAUUUCAUGUCAACUAGAAUACCAAGUGCCACUGCUCCGAAUGGAGUCAUUUACAAAAUAGUUGACACAUCACGGAGAGCAUCACCUGGAAAAUGCCAUGUUGACCCUUUGCCAGUAAAAGUGAAAGGCAGGCUCAUUAAAUUUGCUCCAAAGGAAAAACUGAUAGUGAAAAUGCCUACACGGGAUCCUAAGAUAAAAGCCACAACCAGAGUCCCAGCAAGAAGUAAAGUACCUACAGAGUCUUCACAAGGCACAACUCCAGACUGGAUGGAGCAACUCUUGACUCUGCUUAGGAAUCAGAACGGAUGGCAGAUGACUACUAUAGCACCAAAACCCAAACUUUUAAAGCCCAGGAAAGGAGGAAAGCCUAGGAGGAGACCACAUCGAAGAAGGAAGAAUAGGCCUACCGGUGUCUCUCGACAGCCACAGAAUGGUGCAGUCCGACUCAUGAAUGGCAGCACAAGAGGCAGAGACCAAGGAAGGGUUGAAAUUUUUAUCAAUGGAGAGUGGGGCACUGUGUGUGAUGAUUUGUGGACUUCUAAAGCAGCUGCUGUAGUUUGUCGCCAGUUGGGUUAUGCUUUUGUAAUCCGGGCCACCAAGAAAGCAGAGUUUGGGGAGGGACAUUCACUUUCAAUUUUACUUGACGAUGUUCAGUGCGUAGGACAUGAGAAGACCCUUCUGGAAUGUUCCCAUUCAGACAUUGGAAAGCACAAUUGUUCCCACAAAGAGGAUGCAGGAGUAAUAUGCAGUCAAGAAGAAGUUUUUGAGUAGAAAUAUCUACAGUAAAACAUGAGUUUGUGCUGUGACUUUUUAAAAAAAAUAAGACUACAUGAAUACACUGUUAUAGUUAUCAGACUGGCAUAUGGUUUGGGAAAUAUACAUGUCCAUAGGGCAGGCCGGGAUGGUAAUGCUUCAGUAUGCCCAUGGGAUACCCUGCUUCACAAACUGCAGUAGUGGUUAACAGUAUGGUUCAUCACACAGUUAGCCAGAUGUUGAAACUGGGCAUUUUUAUUCACCUGUCAAGUCCUUCCUAAGGGCUUGGGAUAGGCAGGUGCGGGAGUUUGAUGAUGUUAAAGGUAUUGUCACAGGAUGUAAGCUAUUCUGAGUAAAGCUGGCUGUUGCAAUUGAUCAGUGGUGAUUUUGUCAAUGCCAAUGGUAUUCAGAUGGUGCUCCAUUUGUUUUGGGAAAUCAUUAUGGGAUUGCAUCAAGGCAUCUAUUACUAUCGGUACUAUCUUUCACGAAUGAAGGCGAAUAUAUGUAUCCCAGGAUAAUAUUGCAGGAUCCAGUCUGGAUUGGUCACCAGGACCAGCAGUUUUCUCUUCCAAGCUUUCAGAUUCAUGCUGGAGCCCCCAUCCUCAGGGAAGCUUCUUUUUAGCUGCUAGAGAGAAGUUUCACAAAGAGGGGCUCCAAGCACGAGUCUGAAAGCCUGGAAGACAAAACCUCUGGUGCUGAUGACCGACCCAGAUUGGAUCCUGGUACUAUCUUUACUUUCUUUUGCCACAAUCAUUCUAUUUCUAUUUGCAGUUCUUUGUAUUUUGUUAUCUUCUCUAAUUCUCUCUCUUCUAUUUUGCUGCUUCCAGAUACUGCCAUGUCCACUAUCCAGAUUUUUUUGUCUUCUCACCAAUUGUUAAAUCUGGGGUGUAAUGUGGCGAGUUCCUGUAGGUUUGAAUUUGAAGUCCCAGAGCAAUUUUGCUUCUUUAUUUUCUAUUAUUUCCUCUAUUUUAUGGUCCCACUAAUUAUUUCUUAUAGGCAAAUGGUAUUUCUUGCGGAUCUUCCAAUCCACCAUUGUUGAUACUUUGUCAUGCUGUUGCUUGUAAUCAGUCUGUGUGAUUAUUAAAUUUGUCACUCAUCUCACAGUAAAGAGUGACUCUGAGCAGUAUACUCAGUAUGCUUCCAGGUACAAUUCAAGAUCCUGGUUAUCUACUCACCAAACCCUUUAUGGCAAACAUGUCAAACUCAUGAUGUCAUGUGACGUCAUGUGAUGCAUCGGAGCUUUUUCCCCAUUGUCGGCAAUGGGGUGGGCGCAGUUUGUCAUGACACAUCUGGCCCGUGGGCCAGCAGUUUGAUACUCCUGCUUUAUGGCAUAGUACUUGAUUAUCAGAGGGACCAUCUAUGUCCAUCCUGCUUGCCUAUCCAGUACAAGCCGAUAGGUCAAUGCUCUCUGAAUUCUAUUAAACACUUAUCUACUAGCACCCAAGAAGCAUGCCUUCUCUGCCAUAGUGCCUGUUGUCUGAUACAGUUCUCCCUGAUACUCUGUGGCCCCUAUCUUGAUGGCAUUCAAGAAAGUCUAAAUAUCAGGCAUUCUCUCAGACUAUGGGUUAACGUGGUUGGGACUUUCUGCAGGUUUUGUUUGGGGAUGUGGAUUGUGGAGUCUGUUUGCCAGACUCACCAAUCAUUCUAAUUCUCUAUCCUGCUCAGUGUGGAAUUGGGUGGUAACUAAAGUGAAUAAAUUAAAUUAAAGGGAUAUACUGUAGGUAAAUACUAUAUCUAGAGUAAGUAAUUGCUUGCCAUUUGAAAGUGGAACACAAACUAAAUAGUAUUGGAAGAUACCUUUUAUAAAUAAGCAAAUAUAUUAUGUUGAAUGUUUUGAAUUAAAUUAAGCAGCAGAUGUUUAUGUUCUUCUGUUUUCAUUUUUUGUUACCUAUAAGAAUGUAUAUUACCUGAUUGUGUUCUACAAAAGGAACAUACCUGUAACAGAAUCAUUAUGGAAAAUUUAAUAAAAAUGAAGGACUACAAUCUCUGAGAAAAACA